GCAGCGGAGCCCGAGCUGCAGGGCGCUGGGAGCGCGGCCCGGCGGGGUCCCCGGGCAGCGGGGCCCGGAGCUUGCGGGGUCGCAGUGCAGUCCAGGCGGCAGCAGCGGAGGCCGGAGAGCCGGAUCGCGGGCGGGCGCCCCGGCGUCCGUUCGCACCUGCCGGCCGCAGGGGAGCUUCAGAACGCUCGAGCUCCUCUGGGUAAACUGACCAUGAUCUAUUAGUUUUGGCCUCUCCCAACUCAUGCAUUCUUCAAGCCUUGGUAACUGGAAUGUUUUGUCUGUUGAGAAUCAAAACCGCAGUGGGAUAGAAACCAAAGUGAAGUGUCCCAGGAUGUGUUAAGAUGGACCUGGGAAGGCUGAGCUGUGGUCUGAACUGCUUCUCUGAAUCAGCUGGUACCGUCUGCCUCUAGUUUUGAAAGUUCUCUGGCAGCAAACUGGUAUGUAGAAUCUCCACUGCUUGGGGAUGGGAGAGAUUUUGAAGUUUUCAUGAAACAUGCUCGUGUCUCAAACUGUGAUUACAAUCAAAAUGCCAAAAGCAAGAACCCCAGAGCAAUGCUCACGUCUCUACCUCCUCAACCGAUUAACAAGCCAGCAGGAGUCCACUGGUCCACACCAUCUGCUGGGCAAAGUUUCAGAACAGUGAGUCGUCUGUGGAUUCAUCGGGUUUAAGGGCAGAUCCAUCGCUGCCAGCUGGUCACUGCCUUGGGGGUCUUUAAAUAGCCAAGUCUCGAGGUCUGUGGUCUGUUCUGAUGCAUGACUCCCACCAGCAUGAAGCAGAGGAAUGACCUUGCUCUGUGGCCAGGACAACUGUGAGAGGAGGAGUCCUGUGCGUGGCAUUCUGGGAAGAGACAGCCUCCUAGCAUGUCCCCGCCAAACCAGUCAGAGGAAGGCCUUCCCCAGGAGGCCUCCAACAGAUCCCUGAAUGCAACAGAAACCCCAGGGGACUGGGACCCCGGACUCCUGCAGGCGCUCAAGGUCUCCCUCGUAGUGGUCCUGUCCAUCAUCACACUGGCCACUGUCCUCUCCAAUGCCUUCGUCCUUACCACCAUCUUACUCACCCGGAAGCUCCACACCCCGGCCAACUAUCUCAUCGGCUCCUUGGCCACCACUGACCUUUUGGUUUCUAUCCUGGUCAUGCCAAUCAGCAUCGCAUACACCACCACCCGCACCUGGAACUUUGGCCAAAUCCUGUGCGACAUCUGGGUGUCCUCCGACAUCACCUGCUGCACGGCCUCCAUCCUGCAUCUCUGUGUCAUUGCUCUGGACAGGUACUGGGCCAUCACGGACGCCCUGGAGUACAGCAAGCGUCGCACAGCGGGCCAUGCUGGGGCCAUGAUCGCGGCGGUCUGGGUCAUCUCCAUCUGUAUCUCCAUCCCUCCGCUCUUCUGGCGGCAGGCCCAAGCUCAGGAGGAGAUGUCCGACUGCCUGGUGAACACCUCUCAGAUCUCCUACACCAUCUACUCCACCUGCGGCGCCUUCUACAUCCCGUCUGUCUUGCUCAUCAUCCUCUACAGCCGCAUCUACGCGGCCGCCCGCAGCCGCAUCCUGAACCCGCCCUCCCUGAGUGGCAAGCGCUUCACCACCGCUCACCUCAUCACCGGCUCUGCGGGCUCCUCGCUCUGCUCCCUGAACCCCAGCCUCCACGAGGGCCACAUGCACCCUGGCUCCCCACUCUUUUUCAACCACGUGAGAAUCAAACUUGCAGACAGUGUCCUGGAACGCAAGAGGAUUUCCGCUGCCCGGGAAAGAAAAGCCACCAAGACCCUGGGCAUCAUUCUGGGGGCCUUCAUCGUCUGCUGGCUGCCCUUCUUUGUGGUGUCUCUGGUCCUUCCCAUCUGCCGGGACUCCUGCUGGAUCCACCCGGCCCUCUUUGACUUCUUCACCUGGUUAGGUUAUUUAAACUCCCUCAUCAAUCCCAUCAUCUACACAGUGUUCAACGAAGACUUUCGACAAGCGUUUCAGAAAGUUGUCCAUUUCCGGAAAGCCUCCUAGUCUGAUGUGAUGGUGACUCUUGUUAGCUUUUGUGUCCAGUAACCUAACUGAGACUCUUUUUCAGUUUUUCUGAGACUCGGGUUAAUUCCUGGUAUCUUGGGUCUCGAGUCAAUCAACAAUUGUUCUGUGCUCUGUUUUCUGUGUCUUAUCUUCUGAGCCACCCAAAGCUGGACCACUUUGUCAAAGGGGCAGGACUGAAGACUUCCCUUACCCUAAUAUUUCCAAGGUUCCUCUGGGGUAGAAGAAAUAUGACCCAUAGGAUUCAGAUGAGAAACAGACUCUGUAGAAAAGAUCCCAGGCACAGGGAGAAGGUUUUGUGGGCUUCUUGAGAUUUGCAUGUUUCUCAGUGGAUGGUGGCGGGUAAGGUUAAUGACCUGAAUUGGAAGAGAGUUGGAAGCCAGGAUAGAGGGGACUCCUUCCCCUUGGAGCACCCGGAUUAGAAAAUAACACUCCGGACUUUCUUACACCACAUCUCUCCCAGUUGUUCAUGAGGAGCGAGGUGCCAAGGACGUAAUGAUAUGGAGAGGAAUCCAGAAGGCGGGCUAGGGAAACCUAUGCACCUCUCCUUCUCCCCAGCACCAUCUUAAGUUUUGGGGUUAAAGGCCACGAUCAGCUCACUGAGGAAGAGUGGACCCACCAAGCUUCCAGAGGCUACAGGUCUGAAUUAUUUUUCCUAAAUUAUUCUUUUACAUUCCAUUCUCAUUAGAGAUCUUAGUGUUGAGUCUCCCCAAAUAAAGACCACAAAGCAUCAUGGCCA